ACAGAUAUGUGCACAGGGAUGAAUUUAGUGGUGACCCAGCAAAAUCACAGGACUAUUGGAUUCACAGAAAUGGUGAUCUUAUUUAAUUUCCCUCUUCUAAUCCUAAACCCUAGCUUAAACUCAGUGAGUGGCUCUCUCUCCAUCUCCAAUUACGCUCCACCACCCGGCUAAAGAAAUUCUCUUCGUCGCUCUGGACUCUGGAGCCAACGUAAUCAAUCAUCUUCUUGACGGUGGUCUUAAGGUUUUGGGUAUUUUGAGUAUUCAUUGCCAACCCAUUUAGCUAAGCUCCUCAGUCUUGGCCUCUGUUCUGUUUUUAGAAAACCUUGGGAUUGUUGCUCAAAGUUGUUGGUUUCUAUGGAAGGAUUUGGAGGUUUGGGUGUCAGUGAUGGUAACAGUGCAGUAAGAAAAAAGAGGAGUAAUGCUUCCCGUCGUCCUCGAAAUGAGUCACCACUCCCUUUGGAUUACCGUGAACACUCGUCUCUAUCAGAUGUUAGCAAAGGGUCAAGUGAUGAAAAUAAUGGUUAUGGUACAGUUACUGGAAAAAAAGAAAUGAAUCUGAACCUGUGUAGUUCUAGGGCCUCAUUUUGUAACAAUGCUGAAUCUGAAUCUUCCAAGAAUGUGAUAAAAAAUGAAGAUGGGGGUCCUGUAGAUUCUGAUGAAGCUUCUAAUAAUGGAUCUUUUCGAGACAGCAGUAACCAGCAGAAGCAUAGUGGAAGUGAUUCUAAAAGGUGCAGCAAAGGUGUCCUUGCCCCUGCUAAUUGGACAAGCACAAUCAAUGCGGGGCAUUUUGAAUCUAUUUCAGAUGACUUGGAUAAUGAGAAUAAAGUGAAAAAGGUUAAGCUUAAAGUUUGUGGUGUUACAAAAACAAUUCAUGCCAAUUCCAUAUCAGAUGGUGCCUCUGCUGUUGGGUCAUCCACUACAAAAUCUUCCCAUGUUUCAUAUGCCCCCCGGCCUCGUCAGAAGAUAAUACAGGAUUCGGUUGACGGCCGCUCCUUUACUUCAGAUAAGGAUUCUGAACUGCACAGGAAGCCAUCCAAGGAUUCUAGAAAUGCCUUUAAUGCUGGGAAGGAUGAGUCUCCAGGGGCUGAUGAUAAUAUAUAUGCAAAAGAAAUAGGGAAUUAUGAAUCUGUUUAUAAGAGCAAGAGGGUCACUAAGAGACGCUUAAUAGAUGAUGCUAUGGAUGAAGGGGAGAACAACAACUUGGAGGUUCAAUACCUUGAAAAACUCAGAACCUCUAGGAUCGCUAGUGAUUAUGAUGCAGAAUACAAAGACGACGAGGAAAGAGACAGUAGGAAACAGAGGAGGAUUUCAAAGGUGUUAAAGAGGAGUUCUGAUCGCCAAUAUGAUUUAGAUAUGGGAGACUAUGGCUCAUCAAGAUUGAGAAAGGAAGCUAAGAAGACCAGAUCAGGAAGAAUAUCAGAUGAUACUGAUUAUGUGGAAGAGGAAGAUUCAAUUUCAGAUAAUGAGCCCAAUAGCAAGAGGAGAAAACCGAGAAAGGAGUUCAUCAACUCAAUUGUCGAUACUAAAAAGGAAAUGACAGUGACCACCCGUCAAAGAGCCCUUCAAACUGGCAAAGAUGUAUCUUCCAGCUUAGAUGCAAAUCUUAUCGAGUUUCCAAAUGGGUUGCCACCUGCUCCACCAAGAAAACAAAAGGAGAAACUCACUGAAGUAGAGCAGCAACUGAAGAAAGCUGAGGCUGCUCAGAGACGCAGGAUGCAAGUAGAGAAGGCUGCCAGGGAAUCUGAGGCAGAGGCAAUCAGAAAGAUCCUAGGCCAAGAUUCUAGUCGGAAGAAAAAAGAAGACAAAAUUAAGAAACGGCAAGAAGAUCGUGCGCAGGAGAGGGCUGCAAAUUCUAUGAUAAUUGCAUCAGAUUCUGUUAGAUGGGUGUUAGGUCCCGCAGGAACCAUAGUGACAUUUCCUAAUGAAAUGGGCUUGCCAACUAUAUUCAACUCCAAGCCAUGCAAUUAUCCACCUCCUCGGGAGAAAUGUGCUGGUCCAUCUUGUACAAACUCUUAUAAGUACCGUGAUUCAGAGUCGAAGCUACCCUUAUGCAGUCUUCAGUGCUACAAGGCAAUACACGAAAAGAUGUCACCUUUAACAACUUGUUAAAUGUGUGGCAUUAGGCUAUUUAGUUAGCUCUGUUUUUAGUCCUAAAUGUUAUAAUCCAAUAAGAAAUAUUUGUGUCGCUAUAGACACCUUAAUGUAAUAUAGAUAGAUAACUACUCUUAUACGUACCAGCUAAUUGUCAGUUAUAGUUACAUCUUUCAGAUAAAUGGAUAAAAUUACAGACAUGGUUUUAUAGUAAAAACGAAAUGUCGUUGUGAUA